UUUAUAUAAAAGUAGGUAAAAAAUUAUUUUACGAACAACACAACAACAGCGAGCUGUUGAUAACGAAACACGAUGACGUGUGCUUUGCCGUAAGUGAAAGUAACUUAUUAGUGGUAGGAGGAAUACGUGUAGGCCUUCAAUAUCGGUAAUACAGUCGACGAAGUGUUGCAGUCUAUCGCGAGUAGUGGUUUCGUUUACUCGGUUGUAAAGUACGUUCAUCUUUAUUAAAAAUGUGCGGAAUUUUUGCGUACAUCAAUCACUUGUCACCCAAAACCCGGCGUGAAAUUUUGGAACUACUCGUCAAUGGAUUAAAACGAUUGGAAUACCGCGGCUACGACUCUGCGGGCGUCGCUAUUGAUGCCGCCGAUCAGAAAGACAUAGCUGUGGUGAAACGCAGCGGUAAAGUAGCUGCGCUCGAAGAGCUCCUUCAGGAGCGCAGCAUUGAACUAUCACUUGAGGAAUGUGUGGAUUCGCAUUGCGGUAUCGCCCACACUCGUUGGGCUACCCACGGUGAGCCAAGUGCUUUGAACUCGCACCCGCAACGCUCCGGGGAAGAUAAUUCCUUUGUAGUGAUUCACAAUGGUAUCAUUACUAAUUUUAAGGAAGUCAAAACAUUCCUGGAAAAUAAAGGCUAUACUUUUGAAUCCCAAACAGACACGGAAGCGAUUGCAAAAUUGAUCCACCAUAUCUAUAGCCAGCACAAAGACUACAGUUUUCAAGAAUUGGUUGAACAGGUAAUCCAGCAAUUGGAAGGUGCUUUUGCUUUAUGUUUCAAAUCUCGUCAUUUUCCUAAUGAAUGUGUGGCAACUCGUCGUGGUAGCCCCUUGCUUGUGGGCAUUAAAACUCGCCGUCGGCUGUCCAGUGAUCAUAUACCUAUUAUGUACACCAACAACAAAGCCACACGGGGAGUUGUACCUCCAGUACCCAGGGUGAAUAGCCAUGCCCAUUUCCAACCUGAAGAAGAGAGAGAUGUUGAAUAUUUCUUUGCCUCUGAUGCUUCUGCUGUAAUUGAACAUACCAACCGAGUAUUAUAUUUUGAAGAUGAUGAUGUUGCUCAUGUUAAGGAUGGUGUUUUGAGUAUCCAUCGCUUAUCAGGCAGUAGCAGUGAUCCUCAUGAACGUGAAAUAUUCACUCUAAAACUGGAACUACAACAAAUUAUGAAAGGCAAUUAUAAAUAUUUUAUGCAGAAAGAAAUUUUUGAGCAACCUGAGUCUAUUGUAAAUACUAUGAGGGGACGUCUCAAUUUUGCAAAUGGUACUGUCACCCUUGGUGGUAUUAAAGAUUAUAUACCUGAAAUUAAGAGAUGUAGAAGAUUGAUGUUAAUUGCAUGUGGUACCAGUUAUCAUAGUGCAGUUGCAACUCGUCAACUUUUAGAAGAAUUGACUGAGCUUCCAGUGAUGGUGGAAUUGGCUUCUGAUUUCUUAGAUAGAAACACACCAGUGUUCCGUGAUGAUGUAUGUUUCUUUAUCUCACAGUCAGGAGAAACAGCUGACACACUGAUGGCCCUUCGAUACUGUAAACGUCAUGGUGCUCUUAUUGUAGGUAUUACCAAUACAGUAGGUAGUUCAAUCUGUCGUGAAUCACAUUGUGGUGUUCAUAUUAAUGCUGGACCUGAAAUUGGUGUUGCUUCAACAAAGGCCUAUACAUCUCAGUUUGUUUCACUUGUAAUGUUUGCCUUGGUUAUCAGUGAGGAUCGUAUAUCCUUCCAAAAACGACGUGCAGAUAUUAUAGCUGGACUUCAUGAGCUGGAAAGUAAAAUUCGCCAAGUUUUAGCUCUUGAUGCACAGGUCAAAGCUCUUGCUGAAGACCUAUACCGUCAGAGGUCGCUACUUAUAAUGGGUCGUGGAUACAAUUUCGCAACAUGUCUAGAAGGAGCGCUUAAAGUAAAAGAAUUGACGUAUAUGCAUAGUGAAGGUAUCAUGGCGGGAGAAUUGAAACACGGACCACUCGCCCUUAUUGACGACUCUAUGCCAGUCAUAAUGAUAAUGAUGCGCGACCCUGUUUACACAAAAUGCAUGAACGCAUUGCAACAAGUGACUGCUCGCCAAGGUCGCCCGAUCGUGGUGUGCGAGGAAGGUGACACGGAUACCAUGGCUCUAGCAUCGCGCGUUUUACAAGUGCCGAAAACAGUAGAUUGUUUGCAGGGAAUUCUCACAGUGAUUCCAAUGCAGUUACUCGCCUACCAUAUCGCAGUUUUGCGGGGCUGCAAUGUUGAUUGCCCGCGUAACCUGGCCAAAUCUGUUACCGUCGAAUAAAGCAGCUUUUACAAAACACCUACCGUAAUUGGCAGCAUAACUUAUAACUUGUUAAGCGAAGAACAAUUUCGUUAAUGAUAGAACAGCGUUUGUAUUACCUAUGUAAAGUUAUAAACAAUAGGAUUAUGUUACUACUAUCUAAUUAAUUUGUAUAUGCUACUUAGCUGACCCGGCGAAUGUUGUUUUCCCUCCUACUGUCAACCACCGGCUUAAUUUUUUCUCAUCAGGCUAAAAGUUAUGUUUCAAGUUGUAGUAAGCAAUACACAUUUAUAAAAUUUUAUUAACGUCUAUUGAGCAGUUUCGGAAAUUAGAGUGAAUGGACAUCGUGACACGAGAUUUUUUUGUAUUAAGUAUAUCUUAAUUUUUACAAAAAAAAAUUUUACAUAUUAACUAUGUCGAGAUACGUACUGAAAAUACGAAUAAAUAUCUGAUAUUAACAAUAAGACAUUCUGAAUGUGUAGUUACGAUCAAUUACGUAGGUAUUAUUAAUUUCUUAUUUAAUAUUAAUAGGUAUUAACUAUUUCAAUUAAUAGGUACCUAUAAUUCCCGUUACAAUUAAGUUACUCAUGGACAUAUUUUUGUAGUUCGCGUUAAAAUUAUGUAUAUGGUGUUUAAAAUUCACUACUGAGAUUAUUCAAUAUAGGCACUAAUUAGCACAAGAAUAAAUCCGCCCUUACAGUUUGGUUUAAAAAAAAAAAAACAAUAAAAACUUAGAUUUAAAAGCAUUUUUUUACAUAUUAUUUGUGCUUACCAGGAAUGCAAAAUUUAUUAUUUUAAUCGAGAGUCGAUGCCCUACAUGGGGUUCUUAAUGUUAUAUGCUUUGAUAAUAUAGAUGCGAAAUAUUUUGAUAAAUUCCAUUUCCAUAAAAUAAUAAUGAUGGAAUAUUUGUUUUAUAUACAUACAGAGGUUGAAUCUUGUUAUAGUUUUAUAUAAUAUUAAAUUGUCUCUUUAAUUUUUUGCAGUCGUAUAUUUUUGAACACCAUGUACUUAAGUAUAUUUCGUUGCCCAUUCGUAUUUUUGCCUUAUUUCCUUAUAUCUUUAUCGUUUUAAUUUUUAAUUUUACUGUAUAAGUGCUAAAAUAUAAAGAAGUGGAUAUUAUGUGACGAUUUAUUGUAGGAAUAGGAACCUAGUACUGAGUGUCGCGACAAAAGAACUAGUUAAUGGUUGAUUAACCUGUCUCGCAUUCCGCAAUUCUUUAUUCUCUAUUUCUGUACAUUCCUAUACUCUUAAGUUAUAAUUUCAAUUUAAAUUAAAAAAUUCCUUUUGCAUGAUGCAUAUGUGCAACAUUCCAUCAUUUUAUGUAUUCAGUAAGCGCCAAUAAGCACUAAGUGAAAUUUAUUUUUAAAGUUAUGUUACGUGCGCUGUGCUGUGCCACUCGCAUUAUGUUGACUAUUUUAUGGGUACAUUUAUUGGCUCGUAGAUAAUGAAGAUUUCUAUCUAAUCUAUAUGGCGAUGCCUUAUGUCAAUAUCAGACACGUAAGUACCUAUAAUAAUUACAAUAAAAUUUACCAUUCAUAUGGUUUUUGGAAGUUAUAGCUAAAAAUCUCAUUUUACACUUUUUCUUCUGUCAUAAUCGAAUCAAAUACGAAUUUAAAGUACUGCGCAAACAUUAUUGAUGUUAAAUAAUUAGUAGGUAUACUUACCUAGAUGGAUAUCUGUUGAUAAUGCACAAUAUUAUGAGAUUCGUAAUAUUUUUUAUAAAAACUGUAUAUAUAUAUAGGAUUAUACAAUAGACAAUAGUACAUAAUCAUUUGUAGUUAUGUAAUCUUAGAUAUAACAAUACAUGUAAGUUAGUGUUAUAGUUUCAAUUGUUUUUUUUUUCUAAAAGAUGUAAAAGUUUAUAAUAUGUGUACAUACAAGCAACAUUUUUAUUAUAGUAUAUUUAAGAUAUAUACAAUAAAUAUGUUAUACAUAAAAUAUAAAAUCAGCUGAGAUACUCAAGACCUUAUCACAUGCUUAAAUAUUGAUUUAUUAUAGAUACAGGUAGCUCCAACUUAGUUCUUCAUAUACAAAUAAAAAUAUUGUUACAUAUAUUAUGUAAAUAUAAAUAUUUUCAAAUCUGGCCAUCAAAAUAGUCGCAGAACAAGGAAAUAUAAGUGAUAAGUGCCUCUAUGUUAAUAUUGAUAAAGAGUGAUGAUUACUUACCCGAUUUAUACAACUAUAAUCAAUAUUUCAAACAUUAUAAUUUUUAUUACUGGUCUUUAUUAUUGAUAUUCUUUUAUGAGUAUCACAAUUAUUUGUGCAAUAAAUACUUAGUAUUUUUGUUUAGAUUCUUUCUAAGCUAAUCGCUAGUCAAAACAAAAUUGUUAGCUUGGAUUUUUUUGGAAUAUAUUUCUAUCGUGAUUUUAAUAUUUGAGUAAUUAUAAAAUUGUUACUCAGUAUAGUUAUAUUUUAUUUCUGCCUUUUAAAAAUAUGUAUACAACUAUAUGAUUUCUUUGCAUUGCAUUUUUAUAAAUGCAUUGCGAAUACUCCCAAUUAUUGUUAAAAAUAUAAGUUGUAAAUCUUUCGUUGUGUAAGUAUUGGCAAAUAAUGAAAGUGAAUUCUUUACUGAAUUUAAAUUAUCUACGCACAUCUAAAAGUUGCGACUACAACAAAUGAGUUUGUUUUUUUAAUAAAUAUUUGGAAUUCAUUAAAGUGUAAGUUUUAUGUCA